ACCAAACGGCCAACAGUCGCGACUACAAGCCCGCAACGUUCACGUCGCACCUCGUGUCGCCUUUAGUUUCUUUUUUGUUGGUUCAGUCUCUCGCGAAUAGUGAAGGAGUGAAUAAAUGGUAAUUUUCCGUGAACCGUUGAAUUAAAAUCUGUGAUUACUUGUGAGUAGAUGAUACAUUGCUCUGGAUUACUUGAACGGAUGUGAAGUUAGUCACUGUAGGACCCGGUCGUUGCCGUGAAUGGCUUCGACUGUGAUUGAAAGAAAAGGGGGAUUCACGGAUUACUGAGUGCUCAUUGAAGUUUCAACGGUGAAUUGUGAGCGAUUUGAUAAGUGGUGAAUUGUUGUUUUAUUUAUUUUUUUUUCUUUGGUAAUUAUUGGAUAAUUGAUAAACAUGCUGACAAGUGCGAAUCAGUAUCUCCGUCCGGAAUAUCUGCCGCCUCUGCAAACAACGUUGGAUGCCAAGCAGAGCCCCCUAGCAAUGUUGGCGAAAACGUGCAGUCAAAUUGGUGCAGAUCCACCGACGAAAUCCCUCUUAGCGCCAUUAGAAAAAACAUCUAAAGCAUCAAAGACAUCAGAAUCGAGGGAUAAAGCCUCGCCAACAGUGUCAGUUGAGAUUGGAAAGUCUAGUUUCAAGCCAUACGAGUCUUGUCUGGGACGUGAUAAAGCUUCAAGCCCCGAGGAACAGCAACGAGCGGCCUCUAGCCACUCGGCGUCCGGUAGAUCAAGAACACCAGGGAGUAAGCGCUGCUCUAGCAAUCAGAGUGCUUCGUCGAGGGCGAUGACACCACAAGGACGCAAGACAGCCACACCGAAUGGGAAUGAUCAGACAACGAGGGAAUCACCGGCAUCAAGAACAAGCGGUGGUACAACAACAGCAGCCCCACCAGAACCAGUAUCAACACGAGCAUCGUGUAGUCCUCAGCAGUCCAAGGUAACUUACAGCCCGAGUGUUCUGUCGAUGGAGCCAUCGAUGAAAGAUAUCCAACUGAAUUCCUUCAAGCCGGGCACAGCUAUACCCACAUCAGUUGCAACAUCAGUAGGUUAUCUUGGUUAUCCACCACAGCUGCCAAUCGACGUGAUGGCAAGUUCUCUAGUGUCUCAGCACCAUGCAGCACUGAAGAGCGGUCUGGCUGGUAAUCCUUACCUGAGUUAUGCAAGAAUGAAAACAUCAACUGGUGCUGAAACUCUAGUGCCUGUAUGCAGAGAUCCGUACUGCACUGGUUGCCAAUUGAAUUCUCAUCUCCUAGGGUCAGCAACGGCAAAUGGAAAAAUUCCAAUCUCAUCUGCAUCGACACCUACUACCUCCUGUCCAGCAGGUUGUGCCCAGUGUGAUCAUAAAACAAGUGUUGCCAAUCCUUAUGGUCCAAUGGGAGUUCAUACAACAGCAGCUGCUGCUUAUGCACAUGCACAACUAGCAGCACUAGCAGCUGCAUCGCAAUUGCCUUUUGUAUGCAAUUGGAUUGCUGGUGAUACAGCAUACUGUGGUAAGAGAUUCUCAUCGUCUGAGGAGCUUCUUCAGCAUCUCAGAAGUCACACGAGUGUCACGGCUAAUGAUCCAACCGCUGCUGCACAAGCAUUAUCGUUAUUAUCACCACCAGGAUUACCCCCAACACAUCCGCUUCUAUCGAGAACAUAUCCAACACCACCGUUGAGUCCACUGGCAACGGCUCGCUAUCAUCCUUACGGAAAACCAUCACCACUUUUACCACACUCGUUGUCAUCUUUGGGUCUGGGCUUUCCACCAUCUCAUCCUCAUUCCGCUGCGGCCGCCGCUGCUGCUGCCGGAUUACCACCGUAUUUCUCACCUUAUUCACUUUAUGGAGGUCCUCGUCUUGGUGCUGCUUCUGGUAUGCAUCCUUGAAUGUGAUGAUCAUGGACUUUGCUAAAUGUACCAUAGGAAACUUGCAGGAUAUCUUCAAAUCUCAUUUCGAGGCCCUGGAUUUUUCACACGUCUAUUAUUGCGUAUUCCAAAUGAUCAUUGAAUGCAGUUCAGCUAAUCUGAUCUGAUUUGGAUGCGCCCGUCAUGUCUCACUGCUGAAAAAUCGAACCCAGUGAUCUUACGACCGGAAAGUUGGUUUCAAGAACUCACUUCUGAUUAAUUCAGUAGUAAAGUGUUGAAAUUUUUGUUGAAUAUCGAUUGAUCUGAAAUAAAGUAUUGAUUUUUGGAAGAAAUAUCACAGACAUUUUUUUGUCAGAAACUUAAUCAGCUGCAGAAAAAUCAUUGACGAUUUUCAUUUUAAAUCAAUAAUCUUCGGGAUUAAUCGAUAUGUAAGAAAAAAUUUACGGUUGACUUAUUUAAUGGUUUUACUACUUCCGUACUGAAUUGCUGUGAAUGGUUUAAGCCAUAUUUCCCAGUCCUUUUUGCUAUCUGUCUAUUUAUAUGCAAUCGAGAUUUAUGAAUAGGAGAAAUGAGAAAGUUGAGCUUCAUGCAAGUUGCCUACAAUAAAAAAAAUACCAACUGUUUAACUGUGAUUUCGAAUUCGUGUGGGUGAAUGAAUGGAUGGAGUUUAAUCAGCGACUGAGGGAUAAAACACUGGUACCUCGAUACAUUUUUUUUUGUACAUAGUUAUUGCCGUUGAUGAUAAUUGGGGGUGUAAUUAUCUCGUUCUCGCGUGGAGUGAGUACAAAGCAACUCGAAUCGUUUGAAUUGCUGCGAACGCAAUCCUACGUUUUGCACAGAUUAAUGAAAAAAAAAAAAUUUACUGAAAUUCUUUAAAUGGAACAAACGAUGAAUUUUAAAUUAAUCUCAUGUAAUCGGUCUAUGUACACUCACACACAUAAUUAUUAAAUUAUAAUCAUAUCUCAAUUCAACUAAUUAUCAUUGUAAUUACUGUAAAUUUGUUUAUAGUCGCUCAUUGGCAGAUGCAGUGGUGGUGACGAGUGCUAAUGAAUAUAUGAAUAUAUUAUAUAUAUCAGCGUCUAUUUUUGCGUAACCAAAGUUUUUAGUAACGAGAUCGUUGAAUUAUAGUGCGACAAGAAAAUAUUCAAUAACUGGGUACAUGAUGACUCUGCGCUGGAGUGAAAAAAAAAAAUUAUUGUCGAGAUGACAUGUAAAUGGGUAAUAAUCGAUCAGUGGAUAUAAAUGAUUCAUAAAGAGAAGAAUUAAUAUGUACAUAUAGAUUUAUUAUUCUUAAUAAUAAAUGUUGGCCCGAGGACAUUGUAAAUGCCCUGUGACGAAGGAAAUGAAAAGUACUUUUGCUCACCAAUGCCCAGACGUUACUCACACGAUUUACUAUGAUAUAUAUCUAUGUAAAUCUACGUCUAUCAAGUGUACCAGUAACUGAAAACAAAAAAAAAAACAAUUCAAGAUGUUCUAAUUAAGAAUUAACGGAGUGGGAGAAAAUUAUGAAAAAUGAAAAAACAAUGCGAUAAACACGUGUACUUCUUCACAGCAUUCUGAAUAAUUGUUUUAAUAUUGUUAAUAUGUUAAUUUUAAAUUGUUUGAAUCUCAAUCUGAAAUACAAAAUCAUUUCUUACAUCA